UGUUGGCUGUCUCUGCAAAUUCUCUCCAUUAGAGCAUCCCAUUAGGGGCGGCGACCCUAUGUGCCUCCCUUCUCAUACAUGAUCUAAAUCAGCGGUGGAAGUCGGUAAAAUGGGAAAUGGGAGAAAGAUGAGGACUAAGCAGGUGAAUGUAGGGGAUCUGGGGCGGCGGCGGCGGAGUAGUUUCAGGCGACGUACAAUGCUCCCAGGAGGCCGGAUUCAACCUUUGAUUGCCGAUCUUGCGUCUGAUUGUGGCCGAUUCCCAGAAAUUGAGUCACAAGGUAGUGAGCAAGGGGAUUUCGCACAGAAAUUGAUCUGCAAAAAGGAGAUCGACGCUGAUCAGCAAGGCAGCUACUUCGAGGAGGUGAUUUCGGCGUAUUACGAUUUGAGCUCGUCGGAUGGGUCUCAAUCAUCGGCUGCAUCCAAGAACAUAGUUUCGGAGAGGAAUAUGAGGAAGAAACUGAACGAGCGGCUGUUUGCACUCAGGGCCAUUGUCGGAAGGACCAUUGCCGGAACACUAAGCAAUUGCAAUGACUACUUUACCCCUUUAUUUAACGUCAACUUAACAUUCAUCUAACGGAAGGACCAUUGCCGGAAAAAAUUCAAUAGUCAAGUGUCUUUUUUGUCCAAAUUAAAAGACGAUGACUAAUUUUAGAAAACCAACAUAAUCGGGAGACCAUUGCUGUAAUUAACUCUAUCAAUAAAAUAAAAUAAAAAAUAAUUGAAAAGUGA